AUGUAUCAUGCCAUUAAAGAAUGGGGUGGAACUCCUUUUGGCUUUAUUGAUGAUGUGACUAUUACCGUUGAAGAUGAAAAAGUGCAACUUACUUUACCUAAUGGAGAACUUCGUGAACCCCAGAAGGAAGUUAAAUUGCUUGGAAUUACUUUGAACAAUCUGCUUGAUUUUAAAUCUCAUAUUUUGAAUAAAAUCAAUAAAGCAAGAAAAGCAGUUGGUGCUAUUUGGCAUCUUGGUGGCGUGCAAAAAGGUAUGCGAGGGUCUGCAGUCAGAUCACUGUAUAUUGCUUGCGUGAGACCAAUUGUCGAAUAUGGUUUAGAAAUUUGGUAUCAUAAAAUCUUGAAAGGAGAAAUCCACAAGUUGGAAGUGAUGCAGAACAUGGCUUUAAGAAGAAUUGUUGGUGCUUAUCGCACAACUCCUAUUGCGGUACUACAAAAGGAAGCUGGUAUUAUGCCAUAUAGUAUUAGGCUAAAAUUUAUGGUGGCACGAAAAGCUAUUCGUUUACACCUAAAUAUUAGCAAAACUAAUUCUAUUAAUGGUCAUUUGUUAAUCAAUAAGGGGACCAAGAUUAGCUUCCAUUCCAUUCUUCUUUGCUGGUGUGAACAACCUCAGUUGGAUUUAUAG